AUGUACCAAAAAUCAAAAGGUCUUGAAGAGAGGCCGUCUUACCCAGUUCAUUUAGUAAAGCUCCCUUCGACUUCAAAGCUCCUAAAGCAUGGUAGGAUAGCCGGUUCCGUCAAAUCACAGAACCACGCGGUGUCCAGUUGGUUACCAGCUCAAUACACGGGUUACUGUCAAGCGGUGGCCGAGUACAUCAGGUAUUUACUUGGAGUCACAGACGUUCAGCCAACCUGGCCACCAUCACCAACAACAGCCGAGAUAUCCCAUCUUCCAGAACAUCCAGAUGAUGCAAUCACAAAUGACAAGACGGUAUUCAAUUCCAAUAUCUUCAGCCCUGCUACCCAGAGAUGGGUGAGGGGACGCGCACAAGAUAUAGCAAAGAUGGCACGUAAUCCAAACAUGCGACAAACACGACGGAAGAGUGAUCGAAAAAGAACCCUCUUUGAGUACCGCAAAUCUACAAUCAAGCAGCAUCUGGGCGAACAUGCUCUGCUCUAUCUUCCCAACGUGGACUGUUGCUCGGACACGGAGGACGACGAAGAUGGCAAUGUUAUUGUGGUCGAUUCGCUGUGGCGCGAAGAGAGGUACCGCGAGUUUCUCCAUACGGUCGACAAGCUAUCAAUACAUUAUGCAAAAGAAACACAAGGCGCACGAUCAGCCGCUCAACGUCUGGAUUCGCGAAGACAGCCUUCAACUAGAGUUGAUGAGAGGGCUGCUGUGGCUCCAAACCUCCCGAAGCAAUGUUAUCGCGAGGAAUUUUACUCUAACCUUCGCCAGACUGAGAGGUAUCUGAUAACUGUAGAAGGUGGUUCCGAAAGCCUCGAAUCUUUGUUAGCAAAAGCACGCGCGUUGUCAAAAUAG